GUUGCUUUCAUACUUUCCUUUGUAGUUUCAUAUUUGGCAGUUGCAUUUACUUUGAUGCAACUGUAGCCUACAUUUUAAUGCGUACACCUUGGCAAAGAAUUGACAUGCACAUGACGUGACAAAAGCUGUAGAUUAACUGGAGAUGGAACAGAAUGGUGUACAGAGCAAGGUGUAAAGUGCAGAGUCGAGGUUGCGGGACUCGCGUAUUAAAGACGUAGCGGGGGCAGGCAAUGCCCAUGCCCCAUGCACAUUUAAUGCUGACAGAAAUCGCAAAUUAUUUCGGAAAGGGAAAAAGGGGAAUGAGAAACAUUUUCAGGCGGCGAAGUCCGCGGAGCGGGCCCAUUAAAGUCACGCAGAUUUCGGAAUCGUUCGCCGCCUGAUACGGUCGACUUCAAACAGGAAGUGACUGCGAUUGCGGGGUUCGGUUUCAACUCCGAGAGAGAAAAGAGGUUCUAGUGUUUCACUCUUCAUUCACUGUGAUGCACUCACAUGGUAUACCACUCUAAUCCUUAAAUAAGUGAUGAGCACACGGGAUUAAAUGCAAGCCUUUCCCAUAUAGCUAACCCUUUUCAAUAGAUAGGCUAGGCAGCCCACUCACUCCCCAGCCUUACUCGUUUAGGAAAUUAAGAUACUUAUACGUGCGAUGCCGGCAAGCAUUAUUCAAGCAUGACUUGAGACUUUCGCAUCCCAUUUUAGCGUUAUCAAAUGAUCCCUCGCUGACGCAAUCUCCUUCAAUGUAGUAGGAUUUUUCUAAUGAGAACUGCGUUGUUCUUUUGCCACUUUAAAAGUCUUCAAAAUCUACCCCAAUUUCACCGCAGGCGGUCCAAUUGCAGUAAAAAUAGCAGAUGCUCCGUUUCUGCACUGCAACGACUACGUUGGACACUUUCAUAGCGCGCAAGAAGCUAGAAGGGUGGGUGAGAGAGGACUGGAAAUAAGAAUAUGGUUACGGAUAGUGCAAAACUUUCUGUCCUCCGUGUGGGAUGUGCACUUAAUGGUUAAACUCGUGACGGCGCUGUCGGUCGCCCUCUAGCGAUUGUUAUGUUUUCGCUUUUGCGAUGUGCGGCAGAAAUAAGAGAGCGACUGUCUCGCAUUAACUCUCCCACACCAGCCCGCAACGCAAACCAGUGCUGAGCCAGCCAGCCCCGUUUGAAGAAAGCCAGGCAAGACGUCCUAGCGCCCUGGCGUCCGUGCCGUUGUGAAAGGAUAGCCUAGUUCACACCGAGGAGAGGAAGAACCUCUCAGUGCCUGAUCAAACACGCAGACAAAGGGGAGUGUCAGGUCCGUUCGGCAGAGAGGACACCUCGGUUUCGCCGCAGCGUUGGAGCGGUCCUGUCCUGUGAGAUGGUUUUGAGCACCUGGGAGAAAACGGGUCUUUGACGUCAUAAGAAGGUUCACCUGCCGCAUUCUGAUUGGCUGCCGUCAAAGGGGGGCUCCCCAAGAAUCUGAACGUCCGACCGAGGAUUGCCAGGAACCGGCCAACGGAAUGAUUCGGGGAUGAGCUGUCGGGAGGAAGCCACGCCCACCAGUCCGUUUGACCUCCACUUCGACCUUCUGGGGCCGCCCCCUCCCCCGCCCCGGCCACCUGUUCCACCUGCCUGCUGACCUCGCCCAAAAACCUAGAACGUCACUGUGGGUGGGCGGGAAAGGGCGGGGCGGGGUGGGGGGUGGGGGGAAGGGUGCGUGCGCCCUCUGAUUGGGCAGCUGCCCAGGCCGAUGGUUUCCCCUGACGACGCCACACCCACCAGCCCUUUGCCAUGGUGACAUGAAGGACGCGUCACGCGGGAGAGCCUACCUUUAAGCCUUUUUUUCUUUUUUCCUUUUUUUUUUCUUUUUUCUUUUUUCUUUUUGUGUCGUUCUAACCGCUGCUGCUGCUGCCGUCGUCGUUCCAUUUCGGACCAGGAGGGGGCGCGUCCAGCUCUCUUUUUGUGUGUGUGUGUGCGUGGGGGCGGGUGGGGGGGAGGGGAGGGGGCGGGACUAUGCUCUGCUGCGGACGCCUGCGGCGGCCUUUCCGCCAGCUCACCCUCCAGACCAGCCUGCUCCUCCUCUUCCUCUUCUGCAUGGUCAGCGUCUUCGUCUCCGCCUACUUCCUGUACGGCGUCCGGCGGGAGCUGGAGCCGGCGGGCGGGGGCGGCGGCGGGGGGGCGGAGGGCCUCUCGGCGGACUGCGACGACCCCCGGGCCACGCCCCCGCGCCUGUUCCCGCUGAAGACGCUGCGCCCCGCGGACUCGUCCCGCACGGACCCCGUGGUGCUGGUGUUCGUGGAGAGCCUCUACUCGCAGCUGGGCCAGGAGAUCGUGGCCAUCCUGGAGUCCAGCCGCUUCCGCUACCGCACCGAGAUCUCGCCGGGCAAGGGCGACAUGCCCACGCUCACCGACAAGGACCGCGGCCGCUUCGCGCUGGUCGUCUACGAGAACAUCCUCAAGUACGUCAACCUGGACGCCUGGAACCGCGAGCUGCUGGACAAGUACUGCGUGGAGUACGGCGUGGGCAUCAUGGGCUUCUUCAAGGCCAAUGAGAACAGCCUCCUGAGCGCCCAGCUGAAGGGCUUCCCCCUCUUCCUCCACUCCAACCUGGGCCUGAAGGACUGCAGCGUCAACCCCAAGUCGCCGCUCCUCUUCAUCACCAAGGCCCGGGCGGUGGAGCGGGGCCCGUUGCCGGGCGACGACUGGACCGUGUUCCAGUCCAACCACUCCACCUACGAGCCGGUGCUGCUGGCCAAGACCAAGUCGGCGGAGAGCGUGCCGCAGCUGGGCGCGGGCGGGGCGGCGCUGCACACGUCCGUGGUGCAGGACCUGGGCCUCCACGACGGCAUCCAGCGCGUGCUCUUCGGCAACAACCUCAACUUCUGGCUGCACAAGCUGGUCUUCGUGGACGCCGUGUCCUUCCUCACGGGCAAGCGCCUCUCGCUCUCGCUCGACCGCUACCUGCUGGUGGACAUCGACGACAUCUUCGUGGGCAAGGAGGGCACGCGCAUGAAGGUGCCCGACGUCAAGGCGCUGCUAGAGACGCAGAAUCACCUCAGAACCUACGUCCCCAACUUCACCUUCAACCUGGGCUUUUCCGGAAAGUUCUUCCACGCGGGUACAGAUGAGGAGGACCUGGGGGACGACCUCCUGCUCUCCUAUGUGAAGGAGUUCUGGUGGUUCCCCCACAUGUGGAGCCACAUGCAGCCUCACCUCUUCCACAACCAGACGGUGCUGGCCGAUCAGAUGCUCCUCAACCGCCGUUUCGCCGCGGAACACGGGAUCCCCACCAACAUGGGGUACGCUGUGGCACCCCACCAUUCUGGGGUGUACCCGGUGCAUGUGCAGCUGUACGAUGCCUGGAAAAAGGUUUGGGGGAUCAAGGUGACCAGCACAGAGGAGUACCCCCACCUCAAGCCCGCCCGAUUUCGUCGGGGUUUCAUCCACAGUGGAAUCAGCGUCUUGCCCAGACAGACGUGUGGACUCUUCACUCACACCAUCUUCUAUAAGGAGUACCCCGGAGGCCCGAAGGAGCUGGACAAACUAAUAAACGGAGGAGAACUCUUCCUCACGGUCCUCCUAAACCCUAUCAGCGUGUUCAUGACGCACCUGUCCAACUACGGGAACGACCGGCUGGGCCUGCUCACCUUCCGCAACCUGGUGCGCUUCCUGCAGUCCUGGACCAACCUGAGGCUGCAGACCCUCCCCCCGGCUCAGCUGGCCCAGCGCUACUUCCAGAUCUUUCCGGAGGAGAGAGACCCGCUCUGGCAGGACCCCUGCGAGGACAAAAGGCACAAGGACAUCUGGUCAAAGGAGAAAACGUGCGACCGGUUCCCCAAGCUCCUCAUCAUCGGACCUCAGAAGACAGGUACCACAGCCCUCUACCUCUUUUUGGGGAUGCACCCAGACCUGACCAGUAACUACCCGAGCAAAGAGACCUUCGAGGAGAUCCAGUUCUUUAACGGCCACAACUACCACAAGGGCAUCGACUGGUACAUGGAGUACUUCCCUCUACCCUCCAACACUAGCUCGGACUUCUACUUCGAGAAAAGCGCCAACUACUUUGACUCGGAGGUGGCGGCGCGACGGGCCGCGGCACUUCUGCCCAAAGCCAAAAUCAUCACCAUCCUGAUCAAUCCCGCCGACCGGGCUUACUCCUGGUACCAGCACCAGCGUGCCCAUGACGACCCCGUGGCGCUGAAGUACACCUUCCACGAGGUGAUCACCGCCGCCCACGACGCCCCCGUCAAGCUGCGGGUCCUGCAGAACCGCUGCCUCGUCCCGGGCUGGUACGCCACGCACCUGGAGCACUGGCUCAGCCACUACCUCCCCAGUCAGCUUCUCGUUCUGGACGGGCAGAUGCUCAGGACCGAACCGGCUGCGGUCAUGGACAAGAUCCAGAAGUUUCUGGGCCUGGCGAACACCGUGAACUAUCACAAGAUCUUGGCGUUCGAUCCCAAGAAAGGCUUCUGGUGCCAGCUUCUGGAAGGUGGGAAAACCAAGUGUCUGGGAAAGAGCAAGGGCAGGAAGUAUCCGGAGAUGGACUCGGAUUCGCGCGCGUUCCUGAGGGAGCACUACGGGGAUCAUAACGUGGAGCUCUCCAAGCUGCUGUACCGAAUGAGCCAGCCGCUGCCCGGCUGGCUGAGAGAAGAGCUGGUCAACUCCAGGUAGCAGGACCCCCCCAGGGGGGGAGAGGCGAAUUCAGCCCCCCGUCACCCCCCAUCCGGGGUGGGACACUCCCCUCUGCCAGCCGCUGCCGCUGCUGCGUCCAACCAGGACCGGAGAGAGAGGGGCGGGGGGGCAGAGUGGGCGGGGCCUGUGCCAAUAUAGACCUCAGUAUUGGACCUCACCAGGACCUCUGGCUGGGCUUGGUUUCCAGGACAACCAUACAGGGAAGAGGAGAAGAGAUGGGGCUGGGGGCACCACGUACCCCACCCCGACAGCCCCCCAUGGGGUGGGGCUGGGGGCACCACAUACCCCACCCCGACAGCCCCCCAUGGGGCGUAACUGGGCCCAGUUUGACUGGGGUACAGACAGUGCACAAGAGGGCAAAAUACCCAUAAUGCCCCUCCGUGCACAUGAUCGUGCACACACUUACACAUACACACACACACACAAACACACACUGACUCACGUACACUCACACACACACUGACUCACGUACACUCACACUGACACACACACACUCACACACACACUCACUCACGUACCUACACACACACACACACUCACACACUCAUGUACACACUCAGUCACACAAACCCACACUACGUUGCUUUUGGGAGCACAGUGGACAGGGACGAUGUUGUCUGCUCGGUGCCAGUUGUUAAGCACUCAAACACUCAGCGUUAAUGGACGUUCAGGUGCCACAGAGGAGUCAUUCCCCAUUAACAUGGACUAUUAAGCAGUUCUUUUUUCCCCACUUUUAUUUUUAUUUUUUGUUUUGGGGGUGUUUUCUUUUUUCCAUUUUUGUUCCUGUUUUUUGUGGCUGUGACCAUUUCACGGUUGCAGGUUGUCGUACCUCUGAGUAUUGCGUUGCCAACUGAGUUGGGUAGCUCUGCUUAAAAAUCCGUUUGAAAAGGUGUGAAACAUUUGAUGUUUUGUUAUUUUUUUAAUUUGGAGGAAACGGUAAAGUUUUUUGCAACGUCAGCACACAAGGAAGUGCGAUGCAGUAUGCAGAAGUGGGCCUUAGGUGGGGGGGGGGGGGAAAUAAUAUUUUUUUCGGUUAACCAUCGAAUGCAAGAGAGAAAUGAAUUGUAGGCUAAUGCAGCAAAGAGAGAUUGUGCAACCUCCGCCCCGACAGCCUAAUCCUGCGGCCCCUCGCUGCUCCCCGGACGUCUCCUCGUGGUGUUCCGAUGCCGUCGUGCGGAGGCGUUCGGAUUUCCGUUCGCCCUUCACCUGCUUUGUUACCCGGGAAUGCUGUACGCGCGCGGGCGGCGUCUGACAUCCUGCGUCGCUUUUGAAUGAACGCACACGCCCUCUGCCUCUCGGGUCUCCUGUAUAAAACUAGCAUUUGAAUGACAGACAGACGGACAGAUGGACACAGGCAGGCAGCCAGACAGACAGCACGUGAGCACGUCUGUAUGCUGAUUGGUCAGGAGUGUCAGCUGCUGCGUUCUAUGCUUAGGCGAAGGGAGUUGAGUAGAUUUGGGAGAGAGGGUAGGGGGUCCUGGACAGGGGAACCAUCCUGGGCCAAAAUAAACGCUUAAACCCUUUCCUGUUAAAUCAAGAAUACGCAUUUAUUUUAUUUACAUUUUUAAAUAAAGGUUCAGCUAAGCUGGUCACUCUCCUGCAGUCUGGAGUGAAUGGCUGCUGUUGUGCUUUUGGGCUAAAUCCUGCCUUGUGACUUGUCUCUUGGUGUUCAUGAUGUCAUUUCCCAUUUUAGGACAAAAACAGCUGCUGCAAUCUGAAAGCAGCCGUUUUCUCUUGUUGAAAGUGUGUGUCUCUGUAGGUCCCAGUGCGUCAUUGAAUGUGUUGUCAAAGUGUCUGACAUUCUGAUGUUAAGUACUGCUGUCACUGAUGGCUGUGAGCUAGGCUUCUUGAUUUUUCACUGGUUCUGUAAACCAGACCUGGCGAAGAAUUAAAUUAACUGUAAACGUGCCGGUUUCUCACAAUCCCUGGAUUUUUAAUGAUUCAUAAUGGGAAACCAAAGCAACUCAUAACAUGCUUUUUUAAAACUACCAGAUUGUAACUUCGCAUGAUAUUUGUCUAAAGUGGCAACACUGAAGAAGAAAAACCGUACAAACCCUGGGCUGUUUGCUAUGAUUAAUGCAUUUCCUGGUAAUUCAUUUUAUAAGCUGCCGAGCCAAAAACACAAACUCGCGGGACCGUAAUGAGGUACUGUUUCCAUAAAGAUAUCAGCAGGAUUUUGCGCAGCUUUGGGAGUUGCUAUUAAAUUCAGGUAAUGGUUCCAAAUUGCCAUCCAAAUUUGUUUGCGGGUGCGUGCGUGCGCUGGUCCGUGAAAGAGGCAGCUCGAACCGGAGCGCUCCUGUCUGACGAGGUUACCGUUGACUGAGCACAGAUGUUUCCCAGCAUGCUCUCUGUCUAGCGGCCUCUUGUCGCGUUUAUCACACCCUCUGAGGACGUAGCCUCGUAGCUCCAGUGCGGGUGAUUGCCACAAGCCUUCUCCUGGCGUUGGUUUUUCUCACGGUGACGAACUCAACAAGCCUUCCUGUGACAUCCUGUUUCAUCCCUUCCCUCCAGUGCUCGAGCUGCGCUGGUAAUAGAGUGCAUUUAAGAUGCUCUUUAAAAAGGAGACCAACUGGAUCUAUCUCUUUUUCUCACUCUCUCUCAUGCUCUCUCUCUCUCUUUAAAAGACUUCUUUGGAGAAAAUUGUUUUUCAAUAGAAGGUGGCUUCGCUCUUCGGUCUGUCACCGUCUCUAUGAAUUAUUCAUCGUCGCUCCUUGCGGUUCAACCUCGUUGAAAGGGCUCAAUUAAGAAAGAGCUACACUUGUUCUACAAAGAUGUAGGCGAAAUGAAAAGAGGUUUUAAUUGGAUUUCUAGCUGUGAGAAGUUUGCGAGAGGUAACGCUCUAACAGAAAACUCUGCGAGAGUUAGAUCUUUUUUGAACCACUUAGUCCUGAGAAUGAAGCAUCCUGAUCUUUUUUUUCUCCAUCCUCCCCCCACCCCCCACUGUUUGCCCAGGAGGCACAAAAUCACAUUAUUUACGCCAAGAUAAGACUGCACAUUGUGUCCUAAAACAUCUGGAAGCAAAACCUCUCUUUGCUGCAUUAGUGAACUGAUAUGUUCCUGCAUUCUUAUCCCAUUUGGAUUAUGAUCUCGUUUGUCCUAACAGUCGGUCGGUGGUUUGAAAAGCACAUGCGUUUAAAGGGGUAAUUCAGUUUCUGAGGUUAUUUGAUAUUAUUUCAGUUUUUUUAGUGCGUGUUUCCUUGGGGGCACAGACAGUUUCUGUGCACAGUGAAGAAUUUUUGAACGGUAUACACGGACGUUUCUGACUGCUCUACAUUUCCAGUUAUCAGGGAAUUUAAUGUGGUUUGUGGUCUAAAGCAAGAAAAUACACUUCCAAGUAACUAAAAUGUUUAACACAAUUUUAUUAUGUUAUAUUCAAAGUCAUGAACAUAAGUAUCAGUUUUUGUAUUGUGCUGGUGCUUCUAUAUUUGACUGCAGCAGUUGGGUUGGAUUGUGUCGUAAGAAAUGAGCUUAGCGAUCUUUUGGAAGAAUAAUUGGGUAAAAACAGACGUACUACAACCUCUGGAGGCAUAAUGUGGCUGUGCAUGCUGCUUUUUAGUUGUAUUUUCCUGCUUUAGACUAUGAACACCAAACGUCCCUAUACCUUCACUGUAAGGCCGACAGGUUGGGGGAUGUAUUGUAUCUAAAAUGUCCUUAACUCAACACAAAAGCCGUUGGUGGGCCUAGCAAAAAAAAAAAAAAAAAAACGCGCACUAAAACUAAAGUAAUUUUGACAAACAGAACCACAGAAAAUGAACUUUCAAUUUAGUAUUUGUGUUACUUGACACAAGAAAAGUCAGGGUAAACUUUCUUUGCGACUGCUCCAGGAAAGGUUUCAAACUUCAGCCCUCCUGGGUCAGGGAGAGGUUUGGCAGCGGGAUUUUUAAAAAGCAGCAAAUGGAUUUCUGAGUUUGCUUUUAUUCUUAUUUUUUUAAAGGUUCCUCGGGAGGUGAUGGAAAGCCUCUCUCUUUGUAAAAGGUACGGAUUUCAACUGUGACGCAACUGUGACCUGUAUUCCAAUUUUUAGUAGGCGACGACUCAGUUUAGCGACGGGGUGUAUCGGAACAAACAAAAAACGCUGCUCUCGUUUCAGUAGGAAUUUUGAAAGUGUGAUCGUCCACAUUUUUUUAAAACUGUCCCGUCUCUUACGUAUCCUUUCUAACUUAUUGAUUGUCACUGUUGAGGGUGCCGUUCAUAGACAUACAUGCAGAAUGUACACGUGACGCCCGAGACGCGUUUCUGCCCUGUUCGCAAUGCAAUAUAAAGAUUUCUUACGGACUGAAAAUAAGCUAUCUGUGAUGCUCUGACCUGCACUCAGUGAGUUUGAGUAGAGCAGCGUUGUGCGUUAAGGGUAAACAUGUUUUGAUUCCCUUUGUAAAGUGCUUGAAUGAACAUUUAAUUUUGAGGCUGCGCAUUCGGGCGGCUGCCGCAAGAUGUGGACGGUGCGGAAUUCCGCCACUGUCCGCCUAUAGACAUGCAACUCGGAGUGUGAAAUUAUUUCUUAAACCAGUAGGUACUGCAGUCCCAGGAUUACUGAGAAAUUACAUCACACAGCAGGGGGCCGGAAUUGCCCCUUCCAAUUUCUUCUUGCAGCUUUUCCAGAACAGAUUCUCUCGUUUAUGCGCAUCUAAAUUCUUUCUUCUCUUAUUUUGAGACACAUGGGGCUGCUUUAAGACAGUCCAGAUCAAGGGUUUUUUUAAAUAAGAAAAUGAAAUCUUUUAUUACUGCAGACAUCUACUGCAAAAAAAAAAAAAAAAAACCUCACUGUAGAGUGCUUUCAUCCUGCUACUUAGGACUAGGAAUUGGGGGUGGGGUUUGGGUUUUUUUGCAUGGUGAGGCUGUGUGUUUUAAAAUACUGGGAAUAGGUAAGGGAGUGGUACGGGAGUGUUUUUCCAAAUUCGCAUUUUUUUUGGCCUAUUGAAAUUGCAGUUCUAAAAACAGGAGGGUCCAAUAGAGGAGAGCUUCGCCUGUGUCCACAGCGUCACCCUGCAACUCUUUCUGCUCCCGGGAUAACCGCCCCCGCCCGCACCCCCACCUCCAGAACUCAAAGUCCUGGUGAUGUUGACACUGCCAGCUUUUCUGUUCUCUGAGGUCCUGUAUUUUAAUGUUGAGUAUUAAUAAUAAAGAAUGAGAAUUAUUAAUAACCGUAACGAUGGUAGUAAUCACCUGGACUGUACAAUCAAAGACUGUAAUUGUUAAUAAUUUUUAUUGUGUAACUAAUAUUUUUGUGAUUUUAAUUUACAAAUAAAAAUACCACUGUCUUUUUA